AUGCCGAGCGCCAAGUUUGAAAUUGCUGUUGCCGCGACCCUCGCCUUGGCCGGCGCGAUGACAUGGAAGAAGUGGGCAACCGCCGACCUCAAGAAGAUCGACUCGUACUACGCGUCGCUCAAGAAGGCCGAUCACGCCAAGAUUGAGAUUGUCAUUGCCAGCGUCCUCGGCGUCGCCGGCGGCCUUGUCUGGAAGCGCUACGCCAACUCGGAGCUCAACAAGUUCGACGCGUACUACGCCCACUUGAAGAAGCAGAACAACUAA